ACUCCACACACGCCUUUCACACACUCAAAGGUCGGAGAGUCUGUUCCAGCUUCUGAAGGCAGUAUGAAGGUGUACAUUACGCUCUGCCUGAGCGUGUGCGUGUAUUUAUGCAAAGCUCUGGCGGACAGUGAUCCUGAUGCAAUCCUCGAAGACAAAGAUGUUCUAGUGCUGACAAAAAGCAAUUUCGAAUGGGCUCUUAAACAGCACAACCAGCUAUUGGUCCAUUUCUAUGCGCCUCUUUCUGGCCAGUCCCUCGGAUCCAUCCUUGAGUUUAGAGAAGCAGCCGGUGCGCUGAAGGAAGCAGAGUCUGAUGUGAGACUGGGAGGAGUGAAUGUGAAAAAGGAAAAAGAUCUUGCUGCAUCCCUUAAUGUCACAACAAUACCAUCACUACGGCUGUACCUGUCUGGAAACAAGAACAAUCCAGUGCACUGUCCAGAUCUAAAGAGCUCUGCCGCAAUCCUGACAUGGCUGAAAAGAAGAAAAGGGCCAAGCGCUGACAUCAUCAGUAAUCUCACACAGCUGGAAAAAUUCACAGGAGAAGAGGAGCUUGUGGUGCUGGGAUUAUUUAAGGAUCUUGAGGAAGACAUAGCGAAAGUGUUUUAUGAAACAGCCGCUGACAUCGCAGACCUGCCCUUUGGAGUAACAGGAAAUGAUGAGAUCUUCAGCAAGUAUGAGAUCAGUGGAGAUACCGUUCUCCUCAUCAGAAAGUCUAAACCUGACAAGCAGUUUGAGAUGGGAAGCAGCACAGUGAAAACAGAUCUUGUUCAGUUUAUCAGACUGUAUGAGAUGGAACUUGUGACCGAGUACAAUGGCGAGAAGGUUUUGAAGUUUGUGGUGUUGGUGGUUUUUAUGCUGUUUAUUAAUAAGACUGAGGAAGGAUUUGAAGAGAUAUUCCUUGCUUUUAAAACCACUGCGGAAAAACUCAGAGGGAAGGUUCUGUUUGUGAUGAUUGAUGUGAGUGAGCCACGGAAUGGCCGUGUUAUGGAGUAUUUCCGUGUGAGAUCAGAAGAAGUGCCUCAGAUCCGUAUGGUCAAUUUAUCAAACCACGUUCAAUACCAGCUGCCAUCUGAUAAGUUUGACACACAGACUCUUUUAGAGUUCUGCCUAAAAUACCUGGAUGGAAAAGCAAAGCCUAAACUGCAGAGCGAGUCAAUUCCGGAAAACUGGGACACACAGCCAGUGAAAGAGCUAGUUGGGAUGAACUUUGAAAUAGUGGCCUUCAACCAUAACAAAAAUGUCAUUGUCUUGUUCUAUGCACCUUGGAGCAGUGAAAGUCGUGCUCUGUUUCCAUUGUGGGAAGAGCUUGCUGAACACUUUCGUGAAAAUGAAGAUGUUGUUGUUGCCAAGAUUGAUGUUACUGCAAACGAUGUAAACAUUCAUCUAAGAGAAAAAUACCCAUCAAUCAAAUUAUUUCCUGCUGUUUAUUCAGAGAGGGUAGUGCCAUAUUCUGGCAAGAGGAAGCUGAAGCCUAUUGUAACAUUUAUGAAAAAAGAGAUUGAAAAAGCCAAAACGGACAAAGCCAAGGAGGAGGAAUGGAGGAAGAAAUAUCUGAAUGAACAGAAGGCUGCCGUGAAAGAGGAACUCUGAUCACUCACUGUAAUCUCAAAAACUAAAGCAGUUUUAUUGAUUUCUUCAAAACUAACAUGUUAACUCUUUCAAACUUAAUUUUUUUGUAAUCAUGAAUAUAACAAGUAUUUUCAAUAUGUACAUGUGUGAAAACAAGACACUAUAGUUACAGCACUGACUGGCUGGUUACCCACUGAUACCAUGUUUAUGAUAUAUUAUUGUUCUGUACAGUAUAAGCCACUACAAUCUACUUUCAAAGGACAAUUUGCACACACACUUUAUUUCCACUAGAGGGAGCCUCUGUUCCAAAGUGCUGCCUACAUCCUGAACUGAUCAUUGCAACCUCAUAUUAACAUUAAAAACAACUUGCAGGUCUCUGAGGGCUAUAUGUUGCCAAAAAGGUAUAAUGUGAUCUUUUUCAAAGCACAUAUGGAUUCCAGUCAAGGAAUAUGAUUGGUCAAUACUAGGGUUCAAAUUACUGACGGUUUGGUUCUUUAUCAAGAGCACUGCAAUACAUAUACACACGUGGGUGGUGUAUCAAGGUUUUUUCGGUUUGGUUUGCAUAUAGUUACACCCCUAGUCAAUACAGCUAAAGACACAAAAUAUGAAGCCACAGUGACAGACCAUUUCUUGUGUGUAAUGAUGACAGUUCAUUUGUGUAAUAAAAUGACAACUGAAUGAAAACUGUGCCUAUAUUCAUAUUCCCAUUACUCCAUUGGCAACAAUCUAGAAAGAUCCUUUUAGCCCCAGGCACUGUAAUUACAAAUAUCUACCAGCAGGUCUAAACUCUAU